AUGGCAUUAAAGGGUACAUCUUAUGCGUCACUGUGCAACAUGGUCUACAGUAGUGACUCGACGAAAACAGGAGUGGUCACGUCGCCAGGAUAUCCGAAUCCUUAUCCACCUAGGACGCAUUGUACAUACGACUUCCAGGGACGUGGCAAAGAACGGGUCCAAGUAAUAUUCCAGGAUUUAAAUUUGUAUCAUACAUCGGGUGGAACGAACGAGUGCGAGGGCGUGGACUCGUUAGUGGCGUACGUGCACAUAGACGGGAAGAAGGAGAAAAUAGAUGCGUUCUGCCGUGACAUGACGUCGCGACCUAUCAUGAGCAACGGACUACGGCUCUCCUUGGAAUUUAACGGUCUCACGUCGUCCCGUCACUCUCGAGGCUUCAAGGCGGUGUAUUCUUUCACUGAGAACUUUGGCAUAACUACCGGCCGGCAGGAGGCGCAAUAUCCCUGCGCCUUUGUUUAUAACAGCAACGAGACAAGGAACGGAACAUUCGCGUCGCCGAAUUACCCGGGCUUGUAUCCACGUGACACCGAAUGCCACUAUUUCUUUAAUGGCCAGCCGAAUGAACGGGUCCACCUUCACUUCCAUUUCUUCGACAUCGAGGGAGUGCUGCCAUGCGACCCGGUGUCCGCGAGUGACUUCGUCGAAUUUUCAAAUUACAUGACCAGGGACCGGAAGUACCCGAGGCAUUGUGGUCAGUCGAAGGAGUUCGACAUAGCGAGCGACAGGAAGUUCUUUCGCGUGACUUUCAAAAGUAACGACAGAUACGACGGCACGGGAUUUAACGCGAGCUACGUAUUUGUGGACGAGGAAGGAAAUUAUACAACAAAACCGCCGACGAGCAACGCGUCAACGUUAAAAGGUAAAACUAAACUUCCUUUAGUCUCGACACUCGUUCCUUUUCAUACUUGA